UAUACAUACACUUACAUUGUUCACAUUAUCGACUACUUUUAUGGCGCUAGUUCAAGUUCGGCAGUUUUGUGUUUGAAGUUUUACCAGUUGAUGUUUUUAAUCAUACUUGUACUUCACGAAAGUGUUACUGUAUACGAAUAGAAAGAAGCCAUGUAUUAUCCGCUUGGUCAAAUAGUCAUAAAAGGCAUUGUCAAUAUGUUGAGAGAUAAUGUAGAUAUCGGGGUGUUUGAACUUUCAUUUUAAUAACUUUAUAUACAGAAAUGUAUAUUUUCAUUUUUAUUAACAAUAGUGAUCAAAUAACCGCUGUUUAUCUUACCAUUUAGAUUCUGUUAUAACUAUAUUGUGUAAUGAUUCUUACAUAAAAUCAAAUAAUUUUUAUACCAAUGCGAAAACUAAUUUAUAAACUGUUUUCGUACAAGCUUUAAACACUUUGCAAAACUUAUCUAGCAUAAGUAAGUGUAUAUUAUUAUUACUUUUCUACCGUAUGCGCAGUGAACGCAUAUUGUUGUAUAUGAAGACUUGAUCAAAAUAAUUGAUUGUCGAAAGAAAAGCGUUCUUAAGAUUCCUUGGCAUUUACGUAUUUGCCGGCCAUGAUGAACACAUUUCAAUUUUACAAAUAAACUUAAUCUAGUUCAAUAUUUUCAUCUUGCUUGUUCUAACAGGUAAACUUAAACUGUCACUGAAACAUAUACAUAGUAUUAAAGAAGUUUGCUGUUUUAUAAGCUGUCACACUGUGACAAGGUCAAAUUUGUAUGCACAUUUUUCAUUGAAGAAUGAACAUCUAUCAAUAUUUAAUCAUUAAAAACAUGUGUACGUAAAACAACCGGACAGUGUUUAAUUGACGACUCGCCAACUGCCUAUGAACUUUCAAUCUGCUCUGUCUGAGUUUUUCUAAUCUCUGUCACGCGACUAGAUUGACGGAGCAAUCUGUGUUUUUGCGAGUGGUCCAUUAAGUGCCGGUUCAGUAACAUAUUAUACAAUAAUCCGUCAGGGGAAUUAUAACAAUACGUGUUUCUUUUCCGUUGAUUUGAUAGCAUGGAUGUAUUAACAUAUGAGUUUGCAUAAGCGUAUCGGCCUUUGUAAACAAACGUCUAUGAUGUCAGUAUAAAAAGCAAGCAACAUUAUGUGAAUGAACCUCUGGUGUUCAUAGCUUAAGUAAUCUUUUUUACAGACGAUUUACUUCGGAAACGACCGUAUCAGCUUUUUAAAUGAAGCAAAUCGUGGACGCGAAACCCUCUCUCAUCUUCUAAUCAAAGACUGGGAUUCCCGUUGGGACGUGAUCAACGGCGUUAAUUCUGAAGGGGAGUAUACUGUGGACGAUCUAGUUUCUGCUAUCAACUUUGCUGUGCAACGGGGAUCUACAUGAGACAGCCAGAGGACAAAAUGGAAAUCAAGUUCACGUACUUCGACUAUCCGGGCUUCUCGGAAAACAACAGCAGUUACGAAAUAAACAUAGUCGAGAAGAUGAUUGCUGUUGAUAAAGGCCUUAUGCAAGCUGGGGAUACCGCUUACACGUAUAAUUUAUUGAAGGAACUGGAUCAUGCAAACAUCAGCCAACCAAUAAAGAAGAUGCUGUCGACAUCUUUAGAGUUCCAGAUGCACUCUGUUCGCGUGUUGGCAAACAUUCGAAAAGCCCGUUGCCUGUGGAUACAAGGCGAGGUGAUUUUUAGUGACUUGGAAAACAACGGUCAAGUGGUUGUAGAUUUGCAGACGCAUACCACUAGAAUAAAAUGCGUUGGGAAGAACAAUCUAGAGCCCGUGCUGGCAUACUCAAGUAAAAGCAUCUGCAUAGCAGUCAUUGUGUUCAGUAGUAUGACGAUGUCAGCCGCGGUUUACAAGAUAGUUUUGGGAUUUGCUCUUGCCUGUAUAUACAGAUCAAAGAAACCACAAACAAUCAUGGACCAACACAACACGUUGUCGAGUUCUGAUUACCGUUACAUCUUUGCGAACUUUAUUUGGGAUAUGUUAACCAUAAUUGGAGACUUUUUUAACAUAUGGGGAUCAGUUGCAGUAUUGACCAUGGGGGACAAUGAACUCCAGUUGGCAACGAUAGAUAAGAACACAGUCUUUCUAGGAAUCGGAUGUCUUUUUAGCUGGCUCACAGUUCUACGGUUUUCAAAGAUUCAUGUGAAAUUUAACUUGUUGUUCAAGACAAUGUUCAAAGCAUUUUGGAAUGUAUAGGCAUACCUGGCAUGCGUGAGCGUACUGUUCAUCGGUUUUUGGAUGAGCGGUUACUUUGUGAUUGGGCCUUACCACAGGAAGUUCAGCACACUAGCACGUUCGUUUGAGACGCUAUUCUCUAUUGUGAAAGGCAAUGAAAUAUUUUCAACUCUUACUAUGGAACAACAAAACGCCGACGGUGGAGAAUGGAUCCUUUGGUUCACACGCAUAUAUGUCAUCCUUUUCGUCGUUGUCUUUGCUGUCUUUGCUAUCAGCCUUCUCAUCGCCAUAUUUUUAAGUGCCCACAAGACCAUUGGA